CGCUUGGAACCAACUCUGCCGUCGUCUCGCUCCCGGCAGCCCCUGUGGGGGACUGCGCCUGCGCGCCGCCCGCGGACCGUUGACCUCGACGAGCGAUGGUUAAAAGUUAAAAAAGAAGUCGAUCGGUUUGAACAUUGAUCAAUGUUUCCGGCGCGGCCUCCGAUCCGCGGCUGUUCACUCCUCCGGCCGGCCGGCGCUUUCUCUUGUUGCUGACGAGGACAGGGAACAUGCUUUGAUCAGUGGAUGCUGAUGUCGCUUUAAACACUGGAUAUCAUCGUGCCUUAUUCAACAUGGGGUUUGGAAGUGACCUUCAAAAUUCUCCUGAAGCUUUGCUAAAACUGCAGGAAUCCGAGCUUAAAUUAAUGGAGACACUAAAAAAGUUAAUGUCUCUAAGAGUUAAAAGUGACAAAGAGUAUGCAUCCUUAUUACAGAACAUUUGUCAGCAAGUGGAAAAGCAUGAAGCAUCCUCACCAGUGGAUUUUGUUAGUAAUAUCACAAAGUCUUGGGCCUGCGUGGUACAUCAAACAGAACAAUUGAGCAGAAUAAUGAAGGCACAUGCAGAAGACCUAAAUGUGGGACCUUUGUACAGGCUAACCAUGAUGAUCAAAGAUAAGCAGCAAGUGAAAAAAAAUUAUCAGAGUAUGCAACAACACCUGGAAGCUGAAAUGUACAAGGUAACGAAGACUGAAAUUGAAAAGCUGAAGUCUACCUACAGACACUUGGCAAAAGAAGCCACGGCUGCAAAGGAAAAAUAUAGAGAAGCCCUUUCGAAAGGUAAAGAGACUGAAAAGGCCAAAGACAGAUUUGACAAGGCCACAAUGAAACUCCAUAAUCUACACAACCAAUAUGUCCUGGCAGUGAAAGGCGCCCAGUUACAUCAGGAACAAUAUUAUGAUAAAGUUCUUCCUCUUCUCCUCGAUUCUCUUCAGAAGAUGCAAGAGGAAAUGAUUCUUGCAUUAAAGGGAAUUCUAGAAGAAUACGUAAACAUAACUAGUCUUGUGACAGAACAGAUAGUAAAUAUCCACAAGGAUGUCCUAAAUUCUGUUGAAGAAAUCAACCCCACUUCAGAGUACAGCCACUUCAUUGAAAAUCACAGGUCACAGCCAAUUAGGGAGGCAUGUAUUGAGUUUGACAUUUUAUUAUUAGAAGAAAUGGAAAAUGUUCAAUCCAAUGAUAUCUUGUGGAACAAUUUAACAGCAGAAAGUUUACAGACAACGCUAAAAACAACAACUGAAGACUUAAUCCAGACUCAACAAACCAUUACGAACAAGGAAGAAAUCAUGACCGAACUUGAGAAAAAAAUUGAUGAAACCAAAAUGGCAUGCGAAAAGAAAUCUGACAUUGUGCUAUUGCUGAGUCAGAAGCAGGCACUGGAUGAGCUGAGACAAAAUGUUCAGCAGAUGAAGUGUACUGAAGUUAAACUCUUUGCCCAGAAAGAUUUAUUGGAUCAUACGGUCAAAGAGAAUGAUGGGAAGGAACCACCUCCAGUGCUGGCCUAUGAAGAUGAUGCAAGAUCUAUCACUUCAAUGGAUAAAGGAAAAGAUAAGGUUUCAAAAUUUGAUUCCAUUCGACACUCCAUUGCAGGGAUGAUUCGAUCACCGAAGACUUAUUUAACUUCAUCCUUCUUUGAUGUGGUGCCGUCCAGUGAGAGACCAUUACCUGAGCAAGACUGGUAUCAUGGAGCUGUUCCUCGGAUAGAAGCCCAGGAGCUGCUGAAACAGCAAGGAGAUUUUCUGGUCCGAGAAAGUCACGGCAAACCCGGUGAAUAUGUCCUUUCUGUUUACUCGGAAGGGCAACGCAGACACUUUAUCAUCCAGUAUACUGACAAUCAAUAUCGAUUUGAAGGAACUGGAUUUCCCACGAUACCUCAGCUUUUAGAACAUCAUUACAGCACAAAGCAAGUAAUCACAAAAAAAUCAGGAGUAGUCCUUUUGAAUCCUGUUGUUAAGGACAAGAAGUGGGUACUCAAUCAUGAUGAUGUCACUCUUGGAGAGUUGCUAGGCAAAGGAAAUUUUGGAGAAGUCUUCAAAGGAACAUUAAAAGAUAAAACUGCUGUAGCUGUAAAAACAUGCAAAGAAGACUUGCCGCAGGAGCUAAAAAUAAAGUUUUUAUCCGAAGCAAGGAUACUAAAACAGUAUGAUCAUCCAAACAUUGUCAAACUAAUUGGUGUCUGUACCCAGCGGCAGCCCAUUUACAUUGUUAUGGAGCUUAUACAAGGUGGUGAUUUCCUUACUUUUUUAAGGAAAAAGAAAGAUGAAAUGAAAAUGAAACAGCUCGUCAAGAUGUCUUUGGAUGCUGCUGCUGGCAUGGCUUAUCUUGAAGGGAAAAACUGCAUUCACAGAGACCUAGCUGCUAGAAACUGUCUUGUGAGUGAUGGUAAUGUACUGAAAAUCAGUGACUUUGGCAUGUCGAGACAGGAAGAUGAUGGAAUUUAUUCAUCAUCUGGCUUGAAGCAGAUUCCAAUCAAAUGGACAGCCCCCGAAGCGUUAAAUUAUGGACGAUACAGUUCAGAGAGUGAUGUCUGGAGCUUUGGGAUACUCUUAUGGGAGACAUUUAGCAUGGGCGUAUGUCCAUAUCCUGGAAUGACCAAUCAACAGGCACGAGAGCAGGUUGAAAAAGGUUACAGGAUGUCAGCACCGCAGAAGUGUCCAGAGGACGUCUACAGCUUAAUGCUGAAAUGUUGGGAAUACAAACCAGAAAACAGACCAAAUUUCAGUGAUAUACACAAAGAACUCCUGGGUAUCAAGAAGGCAAUGUAGUGGCAUGGAGUAAAUGCUGACUGUAGAAAAUUCAGUAUUCAAGAAGUGAAGCAAAAAGAUCAGGAAAUAACAAUUUUCCUCCCACAUAUUGUAAUUAAAAUUAUGUAAACAUUUAUAUUGCACCAGCAUAUCAUUUAUUUACAGUUUAUAAUCAUUUAUUUCAUGUUAUUCUGGCCUGUAAAUAAUGGUAAAGUACAUUAUGGAGAAAUACAUUUCCAAUCCAUUAAAAAAGAGAUAAUUGCAAAAUAUUUUCACAAUAUCUCCUUAUAAAAUGUAAGUAAAGCAUGGGAGAUUUUGGUGCAUUCAUGUGGGUUGUUGUUGAAAUGAAACAUUGAGAUUUUCUGUGGAACUAAGUACAAGCUGGUCUAUUUUUAAUUGGUAUUGUAGAAUUUACAACAUUCUAACAGGAAAAAUAUUCCUGGAUCAGGAUAUUUAGACCCAUGUUGCUAUAAAAAGCACAAAAAUAACUCGAUUGCAUAUCUAAAUCAGAGACCCCAGUAAAAGGGCUUUGCAGUAAUCUCAUGUUGUGAUCGAUUAUCAUUGCAUAUAAUUUGUGGUGUUCCAGAUGAUACAAAUAUUAAGAAAACCCUUCCAUGAUGUACUUCAGCAUCCUGAAAUUCUGAACUGUGCAAGGUCCCUAUGGCUUCUAAACAAAUGUUAAAAUUGUUUUUUCAUUUAUUUCAGUCUUGAUAUCUUUGAUCUUACCGCUUACAAGGGUACCUUACACUAAACUUAAAAGAUUUGAAAAUUUCUAAACAAAACUAGGCAUUUUGCCAAUCUUUAAUAGUGACAAUAUUGUUUUGCUAUUUAUGUAUCACUGCUGAAUGUUAACCCUUUGAGUAUUAACUGCUUUUCCUGUUUUCUCAGAAUAUGAAUUAACGAUUGCUAAUAAUUAAUUAUUCAAAAGAAUUACCGGUAUAGAAAGCUUGCUUUGAGCAUUGCAAUGUUUCCUAAUUUGGAACUGUUCUAAAAUAAUCCAAAUUAAAACUGCA